CUUCACUGUGUUUCUGUGUUUGACUUGCAGAUAAACACUUACAUCGAAAAUGACAUGAAAGAGGCCCUGAAGAAAGAAAAUAACACUGGGAUUGUGGAAGCUUGGAAUCAAAUCCAGAAAAAGUUGCAUUGCUGUGGUGUUGCUAACUAUACCGACUGGGGAAACUCUGUCCCUGAUUCAUGCUGUGAGAAAUUGAAUCAUUGCAAGUCUCAAGACUAUUUCUUAAAGGGUUGCUACAGCUUGGUCCGAAAAUGGUUUGAUAAUAACUUUUUAUUUAUUGGAAUUGCCACCAUCUGUGUUUCAAUUAUCCAGGUACUCGGAAUGUCAUUUGCCAUGACCAUAUAUUGCCAGAUCUGUAACAACUACAAGUCCUAUGAAAAUUGACCUGAUUCCAUAGAUCUGGAAGAGGAAAACCCAUCCUGUGGAAUUAUAAAUGUAUCUGCAAUCGUAGGUUCUGUUCUUCUGAAGACUGGGACUUUGCUAAUUUCUUGUUGCUGUCUAUUACUAGAUGGUAUGAGUUUUAACUGUAUAAACUGGAUCAAUCUAAGUUGCCAACGCCUCACCCCUGGUACAUCUACAGUUCCUCUCAUGGCUCUCCUUUUGGACUUCAGUGGCACCUCUGCAAAGUGUCAACCUUUGCCUUAUCAUUCUGUUUGUUGGGAAACUUUGGGGUUUAAUCAUCCUGCAUCUCACUCUCUCUCAGGGUAAUGGGCAGAGUCUCUCUGUCUUGGCUCUUAUGUCUAUCAAUCCAAAAGCAUAACAGUAUGCAGAAUUACACAGGAUAUUCCUUAUGGUAACAAGCCAUUAGAACUGAGCAGACCAGCAGGUCAGUAUUUAUGUCCCAUGUAAGCCUCCUCCCUCUCCCCUAAAUCUAACGCUAUUCCUUUUGCACUUAUGUCAUGACAUAUUUCUUAUAAUCCAUUCAUGCUCUUCACCCACAACUUGAGGGAGCAAGUUCCAAAUUCUAAGCAUUCAUGCCAGUGAAGGUGUUUUGCCCAAGUUCUGUUUUGAAUUUAUAGGUGACUAUAACUCCUCGUCCGGUCUUACCCACAAGCGGAAACAUUUUCUCUAUGCCUGUCCUCCUAAAUCCUUCCAUCACCUUAACCACUGUAGUCGCCCAUCCCUCAAUCUUUCUUUUCUAAAGAAUAGAACCCCAGCCUAAUCAAUACUUCCUGAUCAGAACCUCUCAGUUCUGAUAUCAUUGAUGCAAUUUUUUAUUCCACCUUCUCCAAAUAAUCUCAUCCUUUGGAUCAUGUGGAGACCUGAACUGUUCUCAUCACACGGAAUGUGAUCCAACUACAGUUUUAUACAAGCUUAAUGUAAUUUGUUUUCCAAUCUGCCAGUACUGGAUCUCUGUGUUUGAUUUGCAUAUUUAUUAACUUGUCUCACUACUUUUAAUGAUUUUUGUAGUCCCUCCCUUAUUUAAAUGUUUAUUAUCGUUAGAUCAUAAGGUUCUUACCAAAAUGGAUGAUCUCUUGCUCCUUGAUGUUGAAUUGAAAUUUACCAACCCUACCUGGUGGUUUGUACCCCUGAUAUUGGAGUGAUGUACUCAUUAUCAUUUGGACUUUUCUGGGCCCACUCUUGGCUCUGGACCACACAUGAAUCACCACAUGACCGUCUUGAAAAUGAAAAUUAUUAUUUUGGGCAAAACAGACAAUGAACAAAGAGAAUGAAUGGUAUCACCAACUGGCUACAACAUUUGCCAAUGGUUACAUCACCUUCUGAAGGAGCUCAUUGGCUGUGGGUGCUCUGGGAGUACCUGUGGAGGUGAGAAUCUUAAGAUGAAUUUCUGCUGUCCUUCAAUCGGGAGGUCAGUUGUCACUGAUUGCUUUCGUACCAAUGGCAUUGUAUUUGGGAUGUGUGCAAGCUCUUUGUACAUAUCCACUUGUGCACACAUGCCCUGGCAGUGUCUUCUUCAUAGCCUGUGCAGGACACUGGCUCAAACUGGACCAGCUGUAGACUGCAUGAAAAAACAUGAAGGACUCUCCUAGCAUUCCUGGACUGAAAGAUUGAUCUCCUUGAAUCCCAGGAGACAAAUCACACAACCAUUUAAUGUCUCUGAAUGUUUCACAUAAAGAGUUACUAAAAUCUUGGAGGUGGAGAAAGGGCUGGUUGAUGAGAUGUGCAAUUGGAAUUUCAGGGGACGUGAAUGGACAUGGGUGAGCCAGCGUUUAUUGCCUGUCCCUAGAAGGUGGGGGUGAGCUGCCUUCUUGAACCGCUGCAGUCCAGGUAGACCCAUAAUAUCCUUAGGGAAUUCUAGGAAUUUGGAACCAGUGGAGGGUCAGAAAUACAGCUCACCAGAGUUGGCAACUCUCUUCUAGACACCUUGAAAGUGUAAGAAUCUGCCACUUCCCUCUGGACUGCCUUGCACUUACUUAUACAAAUAUUGGGUUCACAUUUGCUGAUCCUUCAGACUCAAUUCAACUCAGUCAUUAAUAGUGACAUGUUGAAAAUAAUUCUCAUUGGCUGAAUAUCUCAUAGUGCAAUAUAAGAAGAGGGAAAGUGACACAUUUAGUCACCACUAGGAGGUACUGAAGCAUACAGCUCCAACUAUGGUAUGUCCUGCAGCAGUGAAAAUUAAAUAACUGAGAGUCAAUAGAAUGGGAAGGGCCAGGAUGUUACUUCCCAGGCAACUACAUGUUUCCAAUGUCAUAAUGUAAUUGAUGCUCAGCACUAGAAGGAUUUAUUUUAAGGGGCUGAAUGACCUUUUCUCAUCUUUGACUGUGCUUGCUUUGUAAGUGUAAAUUAUGCCAAGUAAAUCGAGGCUUUAAGAUCUACCAUAACUAUAAUACUGCAGAUUAUUAAGAAGAGUUGAGCCGUGAUUCCAUAUUGCCUUGGGAGUGUGUAAUUGAUUGCUGACAUAAUGUGACCACAAAGCCGGUUACAUCCCAUUAAUAUUAAAAAUGUUAAUGCUAUGCUUCCAAAGACUGUGUGUGCACAUUUUAAUGUCCCAAUAGGGCUUUAGUAUUGAAAUAUGGUUUCAGAAUAAGUUUGAGCCACCUCAUUGACAUGUUAGAUCAAUUUGAGAAGACAAUACAAUGAUAAUCACAAAUUUAAAUAACUGUCUUCAAUUAUUAAUACAAGUAAGGCAGAAAGUGUUACAGAUAGGAGCUCAAACGUUUGGAGAUCAAUGAUCAAUCCAGUCCUGAAACAACUUUUUCUUUGGUCUUUGUUUCUCUAUCCAAUGUAUUCUGUACAGACGUCUUAGAUGCUGCCAAUGGACACGCCACUAUUCCUGACCAGAAUGGAAAUGACUUGAUCAUUUGCUCAUCAAUCAGUGCUGUAAACUUUUAUGCUUGUAAUUGAUAUUUUGUAACUAUUCUUUAUCCAUUGCAAUUCAUUGGAGGUAUCACUAUGCUUUUAAAAAGAGUAUUUCCUGGAUUGUCCGUCACACGUUUCUGCACUGGAGAUUAUUUUCAAAUAAACUGUGUAGACCGUUUGUUGGAUAUACUCUUUAAACAAUAGGCCCUUCAUUCUAAGUAAAUAAACUUUUUUUUGCCAUAUAAA